GGGGGGGGGGGAAGAUGGCAGCGGCCAUGAGCAACGUGGAGAAAAUACGAAGUCGUGUGAUCCUGCAGGAGUUCGGCGUGAAGAACGUUCAUUCGACGGACUUCCCAGGGAACUACCCCGGCUAUGACGACGCUUGGGACAUGGAGAAAUUUAAAAAGAACUUCCGAAUCGACAUCGUGGACCUGGAUGAGAAUUCGAUGGAGUUCGACAUGGUGGGGAUAGACGCGUCCAUCGCCAACGCCUUCCGCAGGAUACUACUGGCGGAGGUGCCCACGAUGGCUAUUGAGAAGGUCUUCAUCUACAAUAACACAUCCAUUGUCCAGGAUGAAAUCCUUGCCCACAGACUGGGCCUCAUCCCCAUCAAGGCUGACCCCCGACUGUUUGAGUAUAAAAACGCAGGUCAAGAGUCUGAAGAGGAAGAAGGUUCAGAAAUCGACACAAUUCAGCUUCAGCUAAAGAUUAAGUGCACUAGGAAUCCCAGAGCCAGUAAAGACACCUCGGAUCCACAAGAGCUGUACAUAAACCACAUGGUGUACUCCAAGGACAUCAAAUGGGUUCCCAUCGGCAACCAGGCAUAUGUGUUUCCGGAUGCUGACAUCGGUCCGGUGCACGGGGACAUCCUGGUAGCCCAGCUGCGUCCAGGGCAGGAGCUGGACAUCGUCAUGCACUGUGUGAAAGGCAUCGGUAAGGACCAUGCUAAGUUUUCUCCGGUGGCCACGGCCAGCUACAGACUCCUUCCAGAGAUCACGCUGCUGGAGCCUGUCGAGGGGGAGAAGGCCGAGCGUUUCAAACGGUGUUUCUCGCAAGGGGUGAUAGAGCUGGAAGACCACAACGGAACAAAGGUGGCCAAAGUCGCCAACAACCGGCUGGACACGUGUAGCAGGGAAGUCCUUCGGCACGAUGACCUGAGGAACCUGGUGACACUCGGAAGAGUGCGGGACCAUUUCAUAUUCACCGUGGAGUCGACGGGCAUCCUGACUCCAGAUGUCCUGGUCACAGAGGCCAUCAAAGUCCUCAUGGCCAAGUGUCAGAGGUUUAUGAAUGAACUGGAUCAGACGGACAUGGAAUGAAGUUGCAAGAACAAAACACAUCGCCUCCAUCGCACGAGAGCGGACAAAGCACAGUACGUGUGCCGAGCCGGGAUCGGACGGUUGACGCGGGACCCCCAGAGUGCGUUUCCUGCUCCAGAUUCUGCACUAAAACCUGACCAAUUCAUCAGAGCCACGGCUAUUGUGCUUCGUGAAAUUGUGUUAUUGCUCUCUUUGGAUCAGCUGAUGUAGACACAAGCGUAUGAUUUUUCUUUUUGGUAUCCGGAUGUAUUAUUUUUCCAGCUCCUCGAAAGCGAGCUGCAGAAGACGGGAGGUUUUCAGGGAACUCAGUCUCCCUUGUAUGAACCAAGUGUGAAGUCAGUGCGUGGCAUGUAAUAAAAAAGUUACACUAUC